CGAUUGAGAACCGACUGAACUCGAUUCCGAAAAGUGAAGUUUAUCAGCAAAAAGUCGAUUUUUGAUCAAAGUCAGAGCUGACUUUGCCAUUCCUUAUUUUGGCAACAAAAUGCGAUACGCUCAAGUUGUGAUUGGCCCUGCCGGUAGUGGUAAAUCUACAUAUUGCGCAUAUAUGCAGCGUCAUGCCCAAGAUUCAAAGCGAGUCAUUGAAGUGGUCAACUUGGAUCCCGCUGCCGAACAUUUUGACUAUCAGCCUUUGGUGGAUAUCCGUGAUUUGAUUCAACUCGACGAUGCAAUGGAAGAUGAAGAACUCCACUAUGGUCCAAAUGGCGGUCUAGUAUUCUGCUUGGAAUAUUUAAUAGAAAAUCAAGAUUGGUUGAAAUCGCAGCUUUGUGGUGGAGAAGAAUCUGACACUGAUGAAAUUGGAGGGGAACCUGAUGACGACUACAUACUCUUUGAUAUGCCUGGACAAAUAGAACUUUUCACACAUUUAUCAAUGGGAAAACAAUUAGUAAACUUGUUGGAGUCUUGGAAUUUCCGCAUUUGUACAGUUUUUCUAGUGGAUUCUCAGUUUAUGGUUGAUGGCGCGAAAUUUCUCUCUGGCACAAUGGCUGCUCUAAGUGUCAUGGCUAAUUUGGAAAUGCCACAUGUCAAUGUAUUGAGUAAAAUGGAUUUGCUUAGUAAAACCGCACGAAAACAACUGGACAACUAUUUGGACCCAGAUCCGAGAGCGUUAUUGGGCGACGUCACACAAGAAUCGGCAUGGGGACGAACGCAUCGGAAGCUUUCUGAAGCGAUUGGGAAUUUAAUUGAAGACUUCAGUCUAGUUCGAUUUGUUCCCUUGAACAUUGACGAUGAGGAAAGUAUACAGGAUUUACUUCUUCAAAUAGACAAUGUCAUACAAUAUGGAGAGGACGCCGAUGUGAAAAUACGAGAUUUUGAUCCGCCAGAGGAAGAAGACGAUCCUAUUUCUAAUGGAAAGUUUGACUAAUUUGUUUAAAAUAAUUUUUAUCAUAUGUUUAUUUUCUAAAGGAUGUCUUAAUAAAAAUGUUUUUGUUUGUACAAACACGA